AUGUCCGGCCGAGGUAAAGGUGGCAAAGGGCUGGGUAAGGGAGGCGCUAAGCGCCACCGGAAGGUCUUACGGGACAACAUCCAGGGUAUUACGAAGCCCGCCAUUCGCCGUCUGGCUCGCCGUGGUGGUGUGAAGCGCAUCUCUGGCCUCAUCUAUGAGGAGACCCGGGGGGUGCUCAAAGUGUUCCUGGAGAACGUGAUCCGUGAUGCGGUGACUUAGACGGAGCACGCCAAGCGCAAGACGGUCACGGCCAUGGAUGUGGUGUAUGCGCUGAAACGCCAGGGCCGCACCCUCUACGGCUUCGGCGGCUGA